CCCUGCUCCAUCAUCAGUGGCUGAACAAGUGAAGAAUCAUGAAUCAUCAGUGAAGGCCUUAUAUCGAAGAGCAGCUGCAUUACAACAGAUUUACAGAAGUACACUUGUCCUGUUUUCUCCACUUGGAAAACUCACCUCUCGAGAAAAAAAAAAAAAUUAGUCUGUUGAGAUCAUCAUCGCAUAAGUAGUGUCCAGAUUUAGAGCUUGUAACAUUAGCUAGCUAAAACCUACCAAGCUAAGUUUACUUGUAAACACUUUUGUAAAAGAUGGCUGACAACGGAGCACACCCGGCAGAAGAGGACCCAGCUGCAGCUUUCCUGGCUCAACAAGAAAGUGAGAUAGCGGGGAUAGAGAAUGACGGCGAGGGAUUUGGAGCUCUGGAAGGAGCGGAACAAGCGGAACAGCAGCCCGCAAACUAUGACUGUUUCGGAGAGGAGCCUGCCACAGUGAACGGGGACAUGUUUCAGGAGUCCAAUGGGCCAACAGACAACUAUGCAGCCAUCGCUCAGGUGGAUCAUCAGAGGCAAGAACCAGAAAGUUUACGAAAGUGGAGGGAAGAGCAGAAGACACGCCUUGAGGCAUUAGACUCGGCAUCCAAGGCAGCAGAAGCAGAAUGGAGAGAGAAAGCCAAAAAGGAGCUGGAGGACUGGCAUGUACACCAGAAUGAGCAGAUGGAGAAGAACAAGGCCAACAACAGACUCUGUCCAAGUCUGGCACGGAUUGCUGACAAGGCUUUCUACAAACAGCCCAACUCUGAUGUUAUAGGCUUUGUAGCAUCAGAGGAGGCUUUCUUGGCAGAAAGUGACGGCGACAGCCCGGGCUCAGCAUGGGAAAGAGUAGCUCGUCUCUGCGACUUCAAUCCGAAAACCAACAAACAGGCAAAGGAUGUUUCUCGAAUGCGUUCGGUCCUAAUCUCUCUCAAACAGACGCCUCUUGUUCGCUAGAAGACGUCACUGGGAGAAUUUUGUUGUAGAAAUAUAGCCUUUUCAGUUUUAACCUCACGUUGCAUCAGAACCGUUUGUACGCCCUUUUCCAUAGACACCCUGGUAUGUUUAUAACAUUUAUAAAUUUCCUGCCUUUCUUGAUGCCUAUUAUAUCGAGAUAGCGUACAUAACCUCACUCCAGAAUGAGAAGAUGGACUGCUCUAUUGUUACAUCUUUUAACUGGUCAGUUUUUAAUCAUUGCUAUAUUUAAGAAAAUAUUGUUACUGUAAGUUAAACAUUUUCCUCCCCUUUAACUUAUACAUUUGUCUUUAGGAGACCCUUACUGCAUGCCACUGCCAAUAUUUUGGAUGUACACUUUUAUGUUGUUUUUAGUAGUCACAUUUGGCCACUUUUGACCACUUUACUUAUUAAGCACUAGUGCAGAUUAGAUUGUAAUCACUUUAUGCCUCAUUGAUGUAAACACACUUGUACUCAUUUGCUGUUUUAUGUCCCUAAUUACCAUAUUACAGGUAGCUAGCAUAUUUUUCUCAAACGCAAAAAGCUUGUGGCCUUCUGGAUUUUGCUCUUACUGAGUACUCAGUCAAAUGGUUUUCCCUCCCAUUCACACAAGAAUUCUGGAAAAAAAAAUGUAUUCACAAACCAAAGAUUUCUCUUAACAUCAGAACUUUCACGCAACUUUAUAUAUGAUCAUAUUGGCUUCUGUUUCUCCUCGUUGAUAUUCUCAGCAUUAAUAUUUUAUGCACCAUUUGUGUUAUUCACAAGAAUGCUCUGGAUUUUUUUUUUUUUUAACAGCAAUGAAUAAGGUGUCAAUUUAACUAGUAAUGUCUGCAUACUGUUUCACAUGUUGCCUAUUUGGACAUUAUGAAUUCUGAAAAAACGUGAAUGUUAAAAAGGAACUGGAAAAUAAAUAGUCAAGAAUGAUCACCUA